ACAUAUAUCUCAACUCCUCCUUUACAUUUUCUUAACUUGUUACAAACCAAUCAUAGCAAAAAGUGAAAAAUGGCGAAAACCCCGGAAACAGAGCACCCAGUGAAGGCCUUCGGAUACGCUGCCACUGACAGUUCUGGAAGCUUCUCUCCCUUCAAGUUUUCCAGGAGGGCUACUGGUGAGAGAGAUGUGCAGCUCAAGGUUUUGUACUGUGGUGUUUGCCACUCAGAUCUGCACAUGACCAGGAAUGAGUGGGGCGUUACUCAAUACCCCGUUGUUCCCGGGCAUGAGAUUGUGGGAGUUGUGACUGAAGUUGGUAGCAAGGUUGAGAAGGUGAAGAUUGGUGACAAAGUUGGUGUCGGGGUCUUGGUUGGCUCGUGUCGCCAAUGCGAACAGUGCACCAACGAUCUCGAAAACUACUGCCCCAAGCAGAUACAAACUUAUGGUUUCCCUUAUCUGGAUGGCACCAUUAACCGCGGAGGCUACUCCAACAACAUGGUCGCGGACGAGCACUUCAUCAUCCGUUGGCCUGACAACUUCCCCCUAGAUGCCGGUGCCCCUCUCCUGUGUGCCGGCAUCACAACAUACAGUCCACUCAGGUACUUUGGACUAGACAAGCCCGGGCUAAGAAUUGGUGUCAAUGGCCUCGGUGGGCUAGGGCACGUUGCUGUCAAAUUCGCUAAGGCUUUUGGGACGAAGGUUACAGUCAUCAGCACGUCGCUUAGCAAGAAGAAGGAAGCUAUUGAACGCCUUGGCGUGGAUGAGUUUUUGGUUAGUCGUGACCCGGAGCAGAUGCAGGCUGCUGUAGGCACACUAGAUGGCAUCAUCGACACAGUCUCCGCGUCCCAUCCAGUUGUGCCGUUGCUGAGCCUGCUGAAGCCAAACGGGAAGCUCAUCAUUGUUGGUGCACCAGAGGUUCCCCUGCAGCUGCCUGUUUUCUCCUUGAUCCAAGGUAGGAAGACCGUGGCUGGGAGCGGGAUAGGAGGGAUGAAGGAGACGCAGGAAAUGAUUGAUUUCGCGGCCAAGAACAAAAUAGUAGCGGAUGUGGAGGUAAUACCGAUAGACUACAUAAACACGGCUAUGGAUCGGCUGUUGAAAUCCGAUGUGAAGUACAGGUUCGUGAUCGAUGUUGGGAACUCGUUGAAACCCGAGUAAGAAGUAGCCUGGAAAAUGGCUUGAUCUUGUUCCAUCUUUUAGUAUGAAUAAUGAUGUAGGCUGGCAUUUUAGGCCAUGUUACUGAUGGUGAAUUUGAGGUUGUGAUCAAUCUAUUACAUUUUGAACUCCUAUGUUAUAAGCUAUGUUGUAUUUGGUAUGCAGCUUUGAGUUUAGAACAUUUUAUCAUUUUGGGCA